GGGUCCCCUCCCCUGCCGUAGCGGGGGGCCCCCGCGGAGGCGGCGGGGUCCCCCCGAGGGCGCGGUAGUGACGGCGGCUCCGUCCCCGCAGUUGGUCCCCCGGUGGUCGGCUCCCCGCGCGGGGUGAGGGGCGGGCAGGUGGGCGAUGAAUGGGUUCAGCACCGAGGAGGACAGCCGGGAUGGGCCGCCCCCCGCCCCCUUUUACGGCCAGAGCUGCUGCCUCAUCGACGACGGGGACCGCUGCGUGCGCCCCGCCGGCAACGCGUCCUUCAGCAAGAGGAUCCAGAAGAGCAUCUCGCAGAAGAAGCUGAAGCUGGACAUCGACAAAAGUGUGAGGCAUCUGUAUAUCUGUGAUUUUCACAAGAACUUCAUUCAAAGUGUUCGGAACAAAAGGAAGAGGAAGACAAGCGAUGAUGGAGGUGACUCUCCUGAGCACGACACAGAUGUUCCAGAGGUUGACUUGUUCCAGCUCCAAGUGAACACCCUGCGACGUUACAAGAGACAUUAUAAAUUGCAGACUAGGCCUGGACUCAACAAGGCUCAGCUUGCAGAAACUGUCAGUCGUCAUUUCAGGAAUAUUCCAGUGAAUGAGAAGGAGACACUUGCAUAUUUCAUCUACAUGGUGAAGAACAAUAAGAGCAGGCUGGACCAGAAAUCAGAAGGCAGCAAACAACUUGACUGAAGAUUAACAAGGCUUGGAAUAAGAGAGACCUUGAAGGAACAGGUGGUAUUGUGCAUUUUAGGUUUAUAAAAACUGUUAAAAGUAUAUUGUAAAUUUUUUUUAAAAUGCAGUGUCUGAAUGACAGAAAAAAAUAUAGACAUUCUAAUGAGGAGUAUUUCAAAACAUGUGCCCAGCAUGUUUCCGAAGACUUCUUCCCCUCAUUUCAAAGUCAUAUUGGAAUAAAAAAAAGAGGAUAAUGGGCAAACCAAAUGAAUCUGUAGAACUGUGGAGUUUGUCAACUUGCUGUUUUAAACCAUUUCUGGAAAUCUACAUCUCAGUGCAGUUCAAAUGCCAGAUGGAAUUGUUUUCACUGAAUUCAGGCUGCAUCCCAAACCACCAUGCAGUUUGUCUUGGUACAGGACUGGAAGAGCAGCAGAGAUAAAAUUCAUUAUCAAGGUGCAUGGGUCAGAAGUUUGUAUGAAGCUUAUUGCUCACCUACACAUGCUCUGUCUUGCCUUGAGUUAGUGCUUCAAGUCCCAAACUUCUACAAAUGCUCCAGCUCACCAGAUCUACUCCAGUGAAUGCUACUUGACCAGUCUGAAAUUGGUGGGGUUUUUUGCCAUUUUUUUCCUCCCGACCCCAUCCGACACAGAUGCCAACCAACUCUCUGCAGUUUCUUUUCCAAUUUCUUCCAAGAACUCACUAAUUAAAUUUUGUGUAAGCAUUUAAAAAUUUCUGCAUUUCUCUGAAUGUGGUAUUAAGGCAAACACAACCUAUUUGCUGUGUCUGAUCAUGUUGGUAGAAGUGCUUAUUUAAUUGAUUUAUGCAUAUUUCAGUGAUGGUAAGUGAAACAAUGGCUUGAGACAUCAGUUUCUUAAUUUCUGUGUCAGGUCAGUAUCAGUCACAAGCAAUGCACAUUUUAUACUGAAUUUUUAGCAGGUGUCACAAAAUUGCUAUGUGCAUUCAGGGGCUCUGUUUAGUAUAAAGCAGAUAUAUGGGUGAGGCACCAUAACCAGGGCAGUGAUCUGACUGGAGCAUUUCAUGAUACAUUUCAUCUCCCUCUGCAAUGGGCAAGAAGCAUCAAAGCAUUUGCCUUCCAUGAGCAUUACAUGUGCUUUCAUUAGAGCUGUGUGAGUGAGGGUGGCACUGGUGCUCCCUGACAGGGCACUGUAGGAGGAGAUCACCCUGAUUUUAUUUAAAGCCGAGGUGUCCUUAGAGAUAAUACAGUGAUUAUUUUGGCAAAAGGAGCUUUUAAAAGUGUUGGUCAUGACUGACUGUUCUCCAGUGACCUCAAAUUCUCUUCAGGGGAAUCUCAUGAUUUAAAGCAUCGCUCUGUUUCCUUGCUGUCCUGACCAGUGUCUCCAUUCUGGUACAAGAUGCCAAGACUCCACACAGAGAGGAUAUUCUUAACAAGCCUUAAGCAAUGAAAUGAACAGUAGAAAACUUGAGCUAGCAUUUUGUAAAUGGCAGGUUUUAUUAUUUCAAAACUGGAUGAAGUUUUGUUUAAGAGCUAAACACACUGGUCAUGGUCCCAGCUUAGUACUGCAUUAUGUUUUGUAAGGCAUGAAGGGUUCACUUAGUGAAGCUCUUGUUAAAGCUCUCCCAGGGUCUCUUUAAAAUUGAAGUCACAGUUUAAAGCAAGUUCACAUCACUCUGAAUUGUUUGCUAAUACUCCAAAAACAUGUUCAACAAACUUCAGCAUGUCUUAAGUCCUUUGUCAUAGGCAGAAAUACUCUGUUAUGGUACAUGUCCCAUUUGUGACAUCUUGGGAGUGUGAUUAUGUCAGCAUUUCCUUGUUCAAUUCUGUAUGGAUUUUUAGAAUAUCAUACAAGAGAGAGGUUCAAGGAAUGAGGAGAGAAUGUCUUGUGUCAGUAUUUCAUGAAUGUUUAAAAAUUUCCUA